AUGCUGAGCUGUGCAUCCCCGGCCGGCAUGCCGCCCGGCCCCCACGCGCAUUCUCCCAACUGGAGCUCGCUAUUACAGCCCCCCACUAUUAAAUCCGAACCAAUGGAAGAGGGCGGCUUUGCAAAGGAUCAAACGAGCGGAUUCUACUCGGAAGGAUUUCACAGCGCUUCGCCUUCCUCUUCGAGCAAGGAUUCUAACGGUCACUCGCCGCGCAGUGUCGGCAGCGCCGGCGAAGCAAUGCCUUUCUACGAAAACAUGGCACUCAAAGCCAAAGCUAAUCUCGGCAUGCAUUUGGGAUCAUAUCAAAACGGAAUGCCCUACAACCUGCUCACACCCCCUGGCUUUGAGGCUCGCCACAACGAGGAUCGCGGUCAUUCACCAGGUUACGAAACCUCAUAUUCUCCAAGAACAUUAGCACCGCCGGUCCAUGUAUCCACACCUAUAUCAAGAGCCGACGCUACCCCGCCUAAAUCACCACCUGGCUCACCGGAUAGAGAUCAUGAGACGCGUUCGUACGAACGCUUCCACGAUUCCGGAUUCGAUGGUAACCAGAAUAAACCCGAAGGAGAUGACGGACGCGACGGAUCCGGUCUCGAUGAUGACUUCGACGAGGAACCCGGACUCAGAGUCCCCGCUGUCAAUUCGCAUGGAAAAGUAAAAACUUUUAAAUGCAAACAAUGCGAAUUUGUCGCCGUUACAAAGCUAAGCUUUUGGGAGCACAGCAAGGAACACAUCAAGCCGGAGAAAAUGUUAAGCUGUCGUAAGUUGCUCAACUCACAUUUAAAAUCUCAUUCUAACGUUUACCAAUAUCGUUGCGCCGACUGCAACUACGCCACCAAAUACUGUCACUCGCUAAAGCUUCAUCUACGCAAGUAUCAACAUAAUCCCGCUAUGGUUCUCAACUUGGAUGGCACACCCAAUCCUCUGCCAAUAAUAGACGUAUAUGGCACGCGUCGGGGACCAAAACAAAAGCCAUUAUCGAAAAUGUUCGAGCAUUCCGGUAUGAGCAACAACAACAAUUCCCAACACACUCAGCCGCCGUCGCAUCCCCUUUUUGGAGGUCAUUUUCCAGUCAAUCUCUCCCCUUACCUGCCGCCGCUCUUACCUCAUUCGUUCUUAUUCCCACCAAACAAUAACUACGAACGGUCGGAAUCUGAUGCAUCUGCAGACGUGCCUACUUCGUCCGCAUCUAGUACGUACUCAUGUCAGUACUGUGACAUCACUUUUGGUGACUUAACGAUGCACACUAUCCACAUGGGUUUCCACGGGUACAACGAUCCCUUCAUGUGUAACAAGUGCGGGGAGCGCAGUGCCGACCGUGUCGCGUUCUUCAUUCACCUCGGCCGAGCGCAGCACGCGUAG